AUGGAGGGAUGGAUGGGGGAGACACAGACAGUAGAAGAAAGGAGUCUCACCCACAGGAGGGGAGGCAAAGGAAGAAGCUGCUUCAGAGGUUUGAUUGCAACGCUUCCUCCUCUCUUACCCAGCUCACCACCUCCCGCCUCUGAGAAGAGUUGCAGACACCUCCGCUUGUUUUUUCCACUAACUGUCUACUCUUCCAUCAAAUCUGCCACAAAUCUAAUAAAAUCUAACUCCCAGCAUCUGGACACCAUCCUUGAACUGAACAUAAAAGCAAUCAUCUGCCACGUCUUCUUUUCAAGCAAUGUGACCUGA